GAGCCUUCGAGUUUAAAAAAAAAAAAAAGGUUUAAUUUCCACAGGAAGGAAAUUAACCCGGGACAAAUGGACUAGGAGGAAAUUUUUUGGGGGGGAGGGGGAUGUGUAGUCUCAGAACCGGGGGCCCCUUUAAGAGCAGCCCUGCCUGGGGGCCAGCGUGGGCUUCCCAUCCUGCCUCCUCGCGGAGCGGGCCAUCCCGGCCCCCGCUGCUCCCGGCGCUUCGGCCGCGGUGCCGCCCACUUAGUCGGAGGCGUCUCCGCCUGGGGGUUCUGGAGCUGCUGAGGGCUGCGAGCCGGCUCCGGCCCGGCCAUUGCCUUCCCGCGAGAGGCCGGCAGGAGGCAGUGCAGGACCGGGACGCUGGAUGCUCCUCCUCCAUCCCUCCCGGGAGGAUGCGAGUGCUUGUGGCGGAGAGCGCCGGGGCUGCGUGCAACUAAGUGCCUGUGAGUCAGCCCGCCGCUGACACACGCAACUGCAGGGCAUGCAGGUUCUGAGCGGCCCGGGAGGCUCCGGGCUUUGCACCUGACCAGGAGCUCGUAGCUGCCGCCGCCGCCGCUGCUGCCGCCGCCGCUCCGGGGAACGGGGGGGGAGUUUAGCUGCAGGACAAAGGGCUGGAGGUCCCGGUCUGAUCUUUGAAUAGGGAAGAAGGUGACUCUCUGGACUUCAUAAAAGAUGGAAGCCGAGACAGAGGCGGCCUGCAUUGUGCAGCCUCAUUGUCCUUCGGAUGAGUUUCCUUGCCAGGUGAGACUGUCUGAGAAGAUUUCUCCGGUGAAGACUUGUUUCAAGAAAAAGCAGGUUCAGAAGAGACUCAGCACAGGAACUUUGAGAACCUUGAGACCAAUAUUAAACACCUUACUAGAAUCGGGCUCCCUCGAUGGAGUUUUCAUGCCCGUGAACCCGAGUGGAAAUGGCGGUAGCAGCCUGUGCCAGCCAACUGUGAACAAAACAUUGGGAAUGAAUUCGCCGUGCCCACCAGUGGGCAGCGACGUGGGCAUUCUGCUGCCAGGAGGGGCGGAUGUUGGAGCGCCAAUAGCAGAAGCGGAACCUUCCUCGGAGGAUACGGAGCAGGUGGUCCCAUCCCAAGACCACGGCUUCCCAUCAGAAACUAGCAACGGAACCGUGCCCGAUCCUGCCGUGGGGCCCUUCCAGGAUGCCCUCCUGCACGCGGCCCCCAGCGACGUUCCCGUCAGUCCUGACUGUGCGGAGAAGGCGAUGGAGUGUAUUCCCGGUUUGUUUCAACAGGACAACUACGUCCUCCAAUAUAACUUAAACACCAGCAACAAGUUGAAUACUGGACUCUUCCAGGGUAAGAGCGAGGAGGCUUCCCUCGAUCUGGUUUUUGAACUGCUGAACCAGUUACAAUAUCACACGCACCAGGAGAACGGGAUUGAGAUUUGUAUGGAUUUCUUGCAGGGCUGUUGCGUUUACGGCAGCGACUGCUUAAAGCAUCACACGGUCUUGCCCUACCACUGGCAAGUCAAGAGGACGGCCAGCCAGACGUGGCAGAGCGUGACCAAUGAUUCUCAGGAGCACUUGGAAAGGCUCUUCUGCAACCCAGACAAUGACAGAAUUAGACUGAAGUACAGGGGCCAUGAAUUUUGGGCAGAUUUGAAUGCAAUGAGUGUGUACGACACAACUGAAUUCGAUCAGAUUCGAAGACUUUCUACACCUUCUUCUUUGACUGUCAGCUCCAACUACCAUACAGUCUGGAAGUAUUUCUGCAGAGAUCACUUUGGCUGGCGAGAAUACCCAGAGUCUGUUAUUCGGCUGAUCGAAGAAACCAGCUUCCGGGGCCUGCGGGAAGUGCGGUUCUCCAUGCUGCAUCACCAGUACGUGCUGAACAUCAAGGACAACUACCAGCAGAGCGUCUUCUCCCGGAGGAUAAUGAAGAAGCGGCCCCUGCUGCGGUCCUGUCUGGUGCUGAUGCCUUAUCUCCAGACCCUCGGUGGUAUGCCCUCAUUGCCCCUUCCUUCAGCUGAAACAGCCUCAUCCCAGCUCUUCUGUCCGUCUGUAGUUACCUCCACCAACUUCUAUCCCGAAACCUGGAUUGCUAUGGAUCCAUCUCAGGACUUCAUCCAAGUGCCUGUUUCCAAGGAGGACAAAAGCUACCGAACCAUUUAUAAUCUCUUUCAUAAGACUGUGCCUGAGAUUAAAUAUAGAAUCUUGAAAAUACUGAGAGUGCAGAACCAGUUUCUUUGGGAAAAAUAUAAAAGGAAAAAGGAGUACAUGUCUAAGAAAGCCAAUGACAUUAGCAGAAUCAUGAACGAGCGACAUCUCUUCCAUGGGACAUCCCAAGAUGUGGUGGAUGGCAUCUGUAAGCACAACUUUGACCCGCGUGUCUGCGGUAAACAUGCUACCAUGUUCGGACAAGGCAGUUACUUUGCAAGGAAGGCGAGCUACUCCCACAGCUUCUCUAAGAGGUCCCCCAAAGGCGUCCAUUUUAUGUUUCUGGCCAAAGUGCUAACUGGAAGAUACACAGUGGGCAACCACAACAUGAGAAGACCACCUCCAGUGAAUCCAGACAGCAUAACCAGUGACCUGUAUGACUCCUGCGUGGAUAAUUACUUUGAGCCUCAGAUUUUUGUCAUUUUUAAUGAUGACCAGAGCUACCCAUAUUUUGUUAUCCAGUAUGAAGAAGUCAGUAACACAGUUACCAUUUGAAAAUCCUUGAUACUGCUAAAUUAUUUGAAAUAAGUCCUGUCCAGCAUUUGUAGCCAAUUUUGGGGGUGGGAGGGGAGAAGCAGUUGGGGAAGAGAGUUCUAAAAAGAAGGCAUUGCCCAGAGCUUUGUUGUUUACUAUUUUUCUUUUUUGCCUAUUUCACCUUUGGUUUUUUUCCUGCUUUCUUUUUCAUCUCUUUUCCCUUCUUUCCCUUUCCUUUCUCUGUAAUAUUCCUCUAUAUUUUAUUCUCCCUUUUCCUUUCUUUUCUUUUUUUUUUCUUAUUCUGUCUUUUCCUUUUUUGUUGCCUGUUUUUCCUUCCUUACCCCUCACCCCAGAGCUUUAAAAUGACUGGGAAUUAAGAACAUUUCUAAGAAACCUCAGAGAUACACAAACCACAAGUCUAAAAUAUAACCAAUUACAGGCUGGUUGAUUAUUUGCUAAUUGUUCUCCAUGUACUCUGGUUGGAAAGUCUGACCAAUUAUAUUGUCCCCUUAUAUUUGUGUGUUCAGGGUUAUUAGUGUUUUGAAAACGGAACAUUAAUCAUAGCAACUGAAGUACAGAAAUAAUGACUCAGGUCAGAGGGAGAUUAAAUAAGGGACAUAAUGAAGUCAAGGCUGCAGAAGAAGAACAUGGACCAUUGGUUUCAGGUCCCGCGUUAACACAGGUGAGAGGAACAAGCUAGCAGAAAAUGUUUAGAUUGUAAGCUCCUUGAGGGCAAGGAUUGUCAUUUGCCUCUUUUGGUAUCCCCAGCACUUAGCACAGUGCCUGGCACAUAGUAGGCGCUUAAUAAAUGUUUAUUGAUUGGUCGAUAGAUUGAUAACCAGGUCCAAUAGAAUUCUGUGGGUUUCUAAAGAAAGUCAUCCAGGGUUCCAUGGAAAACCAGAAUUGUCAGUGCUUUGAGAAAAUGUUGGUCACUAGCCAAACUCUUUUCUAGUCAGUGACAUAGCAGUGUCAGCAUUGCUUUGUUAGAAAUCACUGAAAGAAAUCUCCCAUCUCCUUCGCCAGCCACAAACAGAAGAAGAAAAUCGAUGGUCCGUUGACUCAGAAUCAGAGGCAGUAUUAGCAUUGUCCACGGAGCAGCCCUGAGCUCCUGCUUCCCCAUCCUUGGACGUCCUUUGUGACUCAGGGCCCAAGCCCUCUCCUGCAGAGAUGUCAGCUCUGCUUGGGAAAGAAAGCCCAGCAGUGCUGAUAUUAGGAACUCCAAUUGUUGGUUUGGGGCCAUUAGGGGAAAGGGGAUGAUUUUAACUCUUAGCUCGAGGUUGCUUUUCUCCAAUGUAAAGGAAGCUCUGAGGCACCCACGGUGUGACCCCAGCUUUUCACACUACUUAAAUAUAGAAACACAGCCUUGUUGGGGUUCAGCUAAUUAAGGGAACGUGCAGCUGCCACAGAGAGGUGGGGACUGACUGCACAUGUACUCCACCUUAGGUAAAUCUGGUAGAUGAAGAUACGGAUCGAUUAAGAACAGAUCAAAUAGGAUUGGCAAAGGGAUUCACUUUAGGAAUCUUUCCAACACCAGGUUCCCCCCCCCCACCCCGUGCAUUAAAAAGCAAUUAAACAGCACCCAGUUUUUCAGGUUAUGUAAAAGCAAAGUUAUAUGUGUACUGAUUUCUCAUUGAAUUGACCUGAACGAGCAUUGGACAGGGCUUCUACACAACUGACUUUUCUGUUCCGGCCAAUUCAAUACAUGGUUGCUCACGGCCGUGAAAUGUCUCCAUGUGGCUGAAAACUUGAGAAACACUUGCACUCGCUUUGGCAGAACAGUGAUUCCCAAUGUUCUUUGUAAUUGUAAUAGCUUUUCCUUAUGUGUUUGAUUAUGUGACACUCGUUCAUUCAUUCAUUCCUCCCUUCCCAUCUCCAGAAAAACGCUUGUAUAUCUUAUUUAUUUUUUUAAUAAAAAGAUAAAAUAAGUUUGUUGUGAAGACAUUUUUCAAGAUUUUCUGUUUCUCCCUGAAAAAAAAUGAUGAUGAUGCUCUUUGUUGUUGCAAGACCAGGGACUUGGGAUCUUGGGCAUACGUGUCAACAAAAUCACCCAAAUACUGUCAUCUGUUGCUGGCUGUCAAGCCUAAGAUAUAUAGUAAUUGACAGAAUAGAAAAUUGUUCUGAAGUAUUUGAUUUUUUUCAAGUCAUCCUGUUCUAGAUGUCAAUACUCUGUGAAACCAGGACUUAAACUGUAUGGGUGAUAAACAUUAAAAUCCCUCUCUGCUUUCAA